UCUUCUGCAAGAGGGUAAGAAAAUACUUAUCAUAUCGAGGGCCGAGUACGGUAAAAUAAGAUCAAAUUAAUAUCUAAACAUAAACCUGUGAAAGUAAGCUGUUGAUCAAGUAGAAAAAAGCAAGCUUUCUAAUUCGUUGAACACCGAUAUAAAACAGUAGUCGCAUAUUCUGCGGAUUCAUUUGCUGUGAUGAAUAUCGGAUACUAAUGGAAAAGAAUUCUGCAGGAGGGAGGGAUAGUCGCCGGAGGAUUACAGUUCAAAUUAUAGUGGACGUUAUCAUUUGGCUUGCAGAGCAAGAAAAAUCAUAAGGAGAACUUUUCAAAUAAUUAACAUAAUGAAUACAUGAAGGUGCAUCACAAAAAUUGGGUCUAUGUACUCAUGAAUUAUGUGUCUUUGCCAGUUUUGUACUUGUUUCUGUAUGGAAAACCAUACCAAACUGGAUUUUUCUGUGACGAUGAAACUCUCAGUUAUCCUUCUAGACCAGACACCGUAUCCACACCAGUACUUGUAGCAGCCGGCUUUUCACUAUCAGUCUUACUGGUGGUUCUUGUCGAAGUUUUGAAUUGUCUGGACAACAAAUGCCGACGACCAUGUCAACGGGCAAGCGAUAUUUUAUACUGUAUGAAAAGUUACUGUGUGUUUCUGAUAGGAUUUCUCAUCCAAGAACUAGUGGUAGAUGUCGUAAAAAACAAGAUGGGUGUAUUAAGACCAAACUUCUUUGACGUGUGCAAACCACAGUUUAACAGGACAUUAUGCCCUGGGCACAUACGUGAAUACACGUGUAUGGGAACUGACACCGAUAAAGAACUUAGAAGCAGCCGACAAUCCUUUCCUUCCGGUCAUUCAGCAUUGUCAAUGUAUAUAGCUGCUUACUUUUGUAUUUACAUUCAAACUCGUUUGUGGAUACGUUUUUCAAGAUUAUUGAAAUUCUUUCUUCAAUUUGGUCUUGUUCUUAUUGCUAUACUAUGCGGUCUUGGACGCAUCAAAGACAACAAACACCAUCCUUAUGACGUCAUAACAGGAUUCAUAUUAGGCAUCACUGUUGCAGUAUUUGUGCACGUAAUGAUUGGGAUGAAAAUAGUGAAGACAUCAGUAAAUAAAGACAGGACAACGUUACAAAUGUUGGACAAAUCACCUGACUGUUGUUGCACUUGUGAGCAGACUUCUGACCUUGAGCAACAAACUCCAUCUCCAUUGUUACAAAAUGAGUAUCUCCAGGAAACUGGACGAAAUUCAUCUUCUGCAAAACUUGUAAUGCUUCAAAAUGAUGAGCGAAAUAUGUUGGUACCAGUGACGUCAGAAAUAAUUUGAAGGAUAUUUUAUUAAUAACUUGUUGUGAUACAAGCACAAAAAUAAAAGGUUUUGCAGGAACACGAUGGCUGUGAUAAUUGAAUGAUGAUAUAAUUGUGUCAUGUUUAAUUUUUCACUUUCUACAUAACCGUUGUGUUGACUGUUUUUCUUUUCAAUUAAACGGCAUAUUUGCAGA